CCGGGCGUAACUAGCGCCGCGUGAUUCAAUAUCGUUUUUAAAAUGCGGGUACAUAGGUAUAUUGUGGAUUAAUGAUAUGUUUUCAUUUUGAGUGAACUGUGAAGUUUUGUACAAAGAAGAUUUUAAUCAAAAUGCUGCUGUAACAGGUUAAAAUGGAUAUCGUACAAGACUUCACGAACUCGUCGACGGUAUCUAUAGUGGAAUCCAGUACCGAAGAACGUCAGAAAAAGCGGUGUUUCUUCAAGAAGAAUGGCGUGUUGACCAUCAGUGAUUCUAGUUGUGACGCUGAUGUCUCCGCUAUAGACUGUGAACGUGACGUCACACCGGGCAGCCUCGAGGUGUGGGUUGAGCUGCCAGACGCGAUCAAGUUCGACCCUGCGCUCGCGCCGUUUAAGCAGCUAUACGAACAACAUCAUGGUAAACUAGAAUCACGAGAGGAGAUUUCCGAAGGCGACCGUAAUAUAUUCAAUAGAAAGAUAUCGGAUGGCGCUGUCGGUGACGGUGAUACGGUUGAGAGAAACAUACAUUCAAACAACAAGGAUGAAAACAGAUUGGUACAAGAAUCAGCGGCAGCAGACACUAAGAAGAUACCUUCACUGAGAAAAAAACAGCUGGAUCGAACCCUCCGAGUGGUGAAGCUAUCAGCGUUAAUAGCUUGUUGGGUACUUCUCACCGUAUCUCUUCUCUUGAACAGAGAAAAAACAGACGUUGUACUACACACGGCUGUACAUAAUGGAGAUAUUAAAGAAUAUUUCCUCAAAUCAACCAACAAUGACUUCACAGUCUCAAUCACGUUAUCUGGACCAUUUUCUGAUGCGACUGGCAACCAAACCAAGAAUCUGUUGCAGUUAUGGUUACAUCGAGGCUCUAAAACUGAAGAAGAAACUGUUCAGGAUUCUUCGCCAUGGAUCAUCCAACUCCAACCCGAUGACGUCAUAGACUUCGCGCCCAGUGCAUCCGAUUCGAAGACGCUAAGAAUCGAUAAAAAUCACGUACCGAAUAAACAUAACCCAGUGACGUUUAACAGGGGAAAUUCUAGCCGCAUCGAUACUGCGAAUAAUAUUUCAUCGAUAAACUAUAACAAUGAGAGUUCCAUAUCGUUACGUAUUAGCACGACCAGCAACAGAACCGUACCACUGACUGUCAGUUACCAGCUCAACCCGUUAUCGGAGGAGGACGGUAUCAUCUACGCGAGCAUCUUGCUCUGUGUACUGUACAUUUUAAUCAUCUUCGAGAUAGUAAAUAGAACUAUAGCAGCCAUUCUGUCAUCGUCCCUGGGAGUCGCGGUGCUGGCCCUCAGCGGCGUCAGACCCUCGCUACCAGAACUCGUCUCCUGGCUGGACAUGGAGACUUUGCUCCUGCUGUUCAGCAUGAUGAUUCUGGUUGCCAUAUUGGCGGAAACCGGUCUCUUUGAUUAUUUAGCGGUUGUGGCUUUUGAGUUGACCGGCGGUCGAACCUGGCCUCUCAUCAACACGCUGUGCUUCUUCACGGCUAUCUUUUCAACAUUCCUGGACAAUGUUACCACUGUUCUACUGAUGACACCAGUCACUAUAAGAUUAUGUGAAGUGAUGCAGCUAAACCCUGUACCAGUUCUGAUGUCCAUGGUGAUCUUCAGUAACGUGGGUGGAGCGGCCACACCCGUUGGGGAUCCUCCCAAUGUGAUCAUAGCUAGCCAUCCGUCUGUAUUACAUGCGAACAUAAACUUCACAUCAUUCACUCUUCACAUGGGUGUCGGGAUCUUGCUCGUUUGCGUGCAAACAUACAUACAACUGCGCUUCAUGUUCCGCGACAUGAACAAGUUGAGACAUAGUGUGCCAAGGGAUAUCGUGGAGAUGCGUCAAGAGAUAGGAGUCUGGAAGAGAGCCGCAGCGUCCCUCUCCUCUUAUUCAAGAGACGAAGACAUUGUGAGGAGAGCGCUUGAGAAAAAGGUGCAGAGACUGCAGACCACGCUCCUGAAACGAGAGGCAGGCAGUGGGAAGUCCAAGUCGGACCCGCUAUUCUCUUCGACGCUCGCUCAAAUGAAACAAAAGUACCGCAUCAGAGAUAUGCAGCUGUUGGUGAAGUCAACGAUCUGCGUGACGUUCGUUGUUGUCGUGUUCUUCCUGCACGCCAUACCUGAACUACAGGGAUUAUCAUUGGGUUGGACGGCGUUACUCGGAGCCAUACUUCUGCUACUUCUGGCUGAGAGGGAAGACCUGGAACCGGUGCUAGCUAGAGUGGAGUGGUCUACCUUAUUAUUCUUUGCAGCCUUAUUUGUUUUAAUGGAGGUUUUAUCAAAAUUAGGCUUAAUAGCCUGGAUAGGCAGCCUAACGGAAUCACUCAUAUUAAAAGUCGGUGAGGAAUCAAGACUGUCUGUUGCGAUAAUGCUUAUAUUGUGGGUGUCGGGGCUGGCGUCGGCGUUCGUGGACAACAUCCCGCUGACGACGAUGAUGGUGCGCGUGGUGGGCGCGCUGGCGAGCUCGCUGGCGCUGCCGCUGCCGCCGCUGGCCUGGGCGCUCAGCUUCGGCGCCUGCCUCGGAGGCAACGGAACACUAAUCGGUGCGAGCGCCAACGUCGUGUGCGCGGGCGUGGCGGAGCAGCACGGCUACCGGUUCACCUUCAUGGAGUUCCUCAAAAUCGGGUUCCCCAUCAUGAUCGGGAACCUCAUCGUCGCCUCCAUAUAUCUCUUGAUAUGUCACAGUCUUUUCACUUGGCAUUGAAACUUAUUCAAGAUUCGAAUGCAAUUUUUUUUAAUUUAUGACAUCUGCCUUGUAAUUAUAGUGCCAGCGACUUAUCUGUUCUGCGGCAGCGUUGCCGUCGUCGAAUUGAAUGUUACCAUUUAAAUAAAUUUACCGAGAUAUUUUGGUAAUUUUGGUAUAGUUUAGAUUUAAUUUUCAGAAUUCCUGAUGUCGCUUUCAGUAUCACUUCGUAACUGGAAGAUAGAGUGUGCAUCAAAAUUUACAUCGUUUUUUUUUUCCAUAGAUAGUAUUUUUGAUUAAGACACUAAAAAUUGGAAACACUGGACACCAGGCAAUUUGACAGAGGAACGACAAUUCAAAAUGGCGUUAGUUCUCCAUUUGCCGCCAAAACCGAUAAGUCGGUGGCACUAUAAUUCAUUACCUAUUUGUCAGCUGUCAAAAACAUUUUUUUUAAACAUGGCGUCUGUUUUAUUUUAUAUUAUGAUUAGUCAAUUUUAAAUCCAUCGAUAUCAAUGACAUCACAAAAAAUAAUAUUAAAAUAUAACUCUUAUAUGAUAGUAUUGUCUGUUCCAAACAUAAUGUAUGUUUUAAUUUUAUGUUUUACGAAAUAAUUGUAAUAAUUUCUACCAUUUAAUAUUGAUAUGGGAGCACCACCUUUAUAGCAACUGUAGUUGCUGUUGCUUAACCGACACAGUAUUUAUUAUUACUUUUAGUUCCUCCAUUUGUUUAGUACUUAUUUUUUUUAUUAGAUAACUAAAUAUUUUAAAUUAAUUUUAGUUUUAAAAGAAAAAUAUUUAUUUAAAUGUAAAAAUGGGCCCAAAACUUAAAAAAGGUAUUUUAAUCGAGUAUUGUUUUAGUUGCUUUAAGUCAAACGACAAAAUAUUUUAGUACAGUCAGCCUCAAAUACAUUAUAGGCUAUUAGAUCAUUUUUUAAUAAUUAUUAGGGCGUGUUAAUAUUACGUAUAUAUUAAUUAGAGAAAUUAUCUAUUUUACAUCACAGUGCUCCAAAUUUGUUUGCCGACAUCUAGAACAAGAUAUAUACGAGAUACCUUCAAAAGAAUAUUUUAUGGAAGAAAACAAUAGGAACUAGCACAGUUUCAACAUGUAACUAUUGUUUAAACAUAAAUUAACUUUCGUUUUAAAUUUGUUUUGUUAAAAGAAAUAUCAUUAUUUGGUCAAAUUGAAUAUAAGAAUUAAUAAUUUGACAGUAUACAGGCUGCCCAAAAAGCUUUAUUUUAUAAAAUUUAAUAAAACGCUACCUCAGCAGCUGUUACAAAAUUCUGUUCUAAUUUGGCUUAUUUAAAUUAUCACGAGCUGUGUCUGUAUUAACUUGGAUUUGUAUGUGUAUGGCCUACAGCGCUCCUGGCGGAUAAUUAAUGAACUUAAUUUGACUUAAAAUCACAAAUUUUUUUUUACAAUAAUAUUUGCUAUCAUCCAAGGUUGCUAUUUUUGAGGCUGACUGUACACGAUUAGUGAUAACAUCAAACUUUCAAACGUAUUUGAACUAUGUAUUAUAUUUUAUCAAUUGAUGUAGUAUUAUUAUCAUAAAAACUAAUGUUUUAAUGAAAUCGAUAUUAUUUUAUAUGAAAAAUAAACGUUGGCUAAAUCAAUUUUAGUUAACUAAAUAUAUCACAAUUCUUAUUAUUGUUGUAA